AUUAGAUCAUCAAAUAUUUUUAGUGCACUGACAGUUCUGAAAUUGUACACGAGUCGUCAAGUUGUGGUGUGAAUUGUGAAUGUCAAUUUAAUAUGGCGACCUCCAGUGAGAAGAUCGAAAAAUGUGAAGUAUGUACUGCUGAUACUGCAAAAUACACGUGUCCGAAGUGCGAGGUUAGAACAUGUUCUCUUAAAUGUGUAAACAUUCACAAGAAAGAAUUGGAAUGUGACGGUGUCAGAGAUAAAACAAAGUUUGUACCAUUAAAAUCAUUUACAGACUUGGAUAUUUUAAGUGAUUACAGACUUCUCGAGGAAGUUGGUAGAUCAGUUGAACAACUAAAGAGAGAUCCAUAUAAAAAAUGCACACAACAAAACAAUUUGCCGAUGCAUUUAUAUAAACUUAGAUCAGCUGCAUUUAAAAGGAAGAUUAAUUUACAAUUUAUGCCACAACAUUUUAGUAGACAUAAAAAUAAUACAACAUUUUUAAAUUGGAAAACCAAUGAACUAUAUUGGAGAAUAGAAUGGAUUUUUCCUCAAGCAGAAAAUACAAAAUGGAUAACAGAAAGGGUUUUAGAAGAUACAAGAUUAUCAACCAUCAUAGAGGACAUUUUGGAUCCCAUCAAAUCAUUAGAAAAUAAAGGUGAUAUUGAAGAGUUAAAUUUAAAAAUGUGUUUGAAAGAUAGAUUACAAUUUUAUCAAGCAGCCAGUUUAUCUGGAAUAAAAGUCCUUUUAAAAGCCGAAAAAGUAGUAAAGUCAGAUUCAAAGUUUCACGAAUUGGAUGUUACUCUUUCAUUGAAAGAAAAUUUAGAGAAUAAAACUCUAAUAGAAUUUCCAACUGUAUAUGUAAUCUUGAAAGAUCAUUCUGAUUUGUAUGAAAUAAUUGACAGUGAUGAUGAACAUAUGGAAGAUUCCAUACAUAAAAAGAAUAACAAAAACACGUCGCGGAGCAAAACACAAAUGUACAAACAAAUGCAUAAAAAACUAAAAAAUAAUUCGAAGGUAAAUUAUUUUUUUAACUCUGAAUAUUCAGAGUCUGAAGAAGAAGGAGGUAAUGGUGAUCGUGAAAAUGAAGUAUCACGUGUAAAAACUUUUAACAUUCCUAAUUAUAACGAAUUAGUAAAAAUGGAACAGUAAUGUGAUUUGUAUAUAUCUAAAAAUAUGUAAGUAUAUAAGAUUUUUAUUCUUCUUGAUUUAAACGAGUGAACUUAUUGUACAUUUAUUAUAAAUUCAAUUUUUUUAUUAUUGUAAAUACAAUACCUCAAUAGACCAAUACAAUUG